CCUCUAGAGGGGGUGGGAUUUGUGGGAAGGAGAGCAUCCAGCACAGAAGGGUUGGGGUAAGAUUUGGAAGUGUAGAUGAGCAUAGCAGUGGGAUGGGGGGCAGCGGGGGAGGAAGCAAGAGCCUCCAGUGUUGGAGCGAACACCAGCAUCCAUCACAGAUAAAAUAGUGUGGGAUUUGGGAAGAAAUAUGGGGAGCUGACUCUCCAAUACAGGCAGGAUAAGGUGAGAUCUUCGAGGAGCUGGGGAGUGACCAUACUGUGCAGGAAGGACAUUGAAGGGAUCUGGGAAGGGACUAGGGUGAAGCCCCACUUCAGGCAGCUCAAGGAUUGUAAUUGAAACACAAGAUGGCAAGAAACAGCCACAGCAGCUAUGUCCUUCAGCAGCUAAACAACCAAAGAGAGUGGGGUUUUCUCUGUGACUGCUGCAUUGCUAUUGAUGAUAUUUAUUUUCAAGCACACAAAGCAGUCCUAGCUGCCUGCAGCUCUUAUUUUAGGAUGUUUUUUAUGAACCACCAACACACCACAGCCCAGCUGAAUCUCAGCAACAUGAAGAUUAGUGCUGAAUGCUUUGAUCUCAUAUUGCAGUUUAUGUAUUUAGGAAAAAUUAUGACUGCCCCUGCUAACUUUGAACAAUUUAAAGUGGCAAUGAACUAUCUACAGUUAUAUAAUGUGCCCGAAUGUUUAGAAGAUAUACAAGAUACAGACUCCUCUAACUUAAAGUGUUCAUCUUCUGCGUCUAGUACACAGAAUAGUAAAAUGAUAUUUGGUGUGAAAAUGUAUGAAGACACACUUACUAGAAAUGGUGGGGAAGUAAACAGGUGGUGUGCGGAGCCACCAAGUUCAACUAUAAGCACGACCCAUAACAAGGAGCCUGAUGAAGAAGCUUUGCAGCUAGGCAGCUUCCCUGAACAACUGUUUGAUGUUUGCAAAAAAAGCACCAUGUCCAAAUUCUCUAACACAAAAGAUCGUGUGUCACAUUCGCGCCGCUUUGGAAGAAGCUUUACCUGUGACAGCUGUGGGUUUAGUUUUAGCUGUGAAAAGUUACUGGAUGAGCACGUGUUAACAUGCACUAAUAGGCAUUCAUACCAAAAUACCAGGUUUUAUGGUAUUGAAAAAAUGGACUUUAGUGAAAAAGACUCUGCUUCUAAACUACUGGUUUCACAAACAGAGAACUAUAAAGGGGAUACCAGUCAAGUAGCCGAUGACUCUUCAUCUCCCAUGUCAAACAUAACAAGCAGAAAAAGUAGUAUAGUUGCAUCUGAGACAUCAGGUGAAGAAGGAAGUAGAGCCAGUGAGAGGAAAAGGAUUAUCAUCAAGAUGGAACCAGAGGAUAACCAAGAAGAUGAACUGAAGGAUUUUAACAUUAUUAAAGUGACAGAUAAGGACUGUAAUGAAUCUACUGACAAUGAUGAAUUAGAUGAUGAACAGGAAGAGCCACUUUACAGAUACUAUGUUGCAGAAGAGAUGAAUGAAAAGAGACAUUCUCGAAAAACUCUGAAACCCCGGUUGUCUAUCGAUGAGAAUGCAAGAAAAUGUUUAAAAAACGCAAGGCAUCUUAACAGGAAAGUUUCUCCAGUGCAGGAAGAUGCAGAGAAUUCUUCCUGCGAACUGUGUGGGCUAACAAUUACAGAGGAAGAUCUAUCCUCACAUUAUUUAUCUAAACACAUAGAAAAUAUAUGUGCCUGUGGCAAAUGUGGCCAAAUAUUGGUCAAGGGUAGACAGUUACAGGAUCAUGCACAAACCUGUGGAGAACCCCAGGACCUGACAAUGAAUGGCAUAAGAAAUGCUGAGGAAAAAAUGGACUCAGAAGAGAAUCCUGAGGAACAGUCUGAAAUAAGGGAUAUGAUGUUUGUAGAGAUGUUGGAGGAUUUCAGGGACAGUCACUUCCAAAUGAACAGUCUUCCAAAUAAACAGUUAUAUAAGCAUUCUGCCUGUCCUUUCCGAUGUCCUAAUUGUGGUCAGCGUUUUGAAACUGAAACGCUAGUGGUAGAACAUAUGUCAAACUGCCUCGAUCAAGAUCUGUUUAAGAACGCUAUUAUGGAAGAGAAUGAAAGAGAUCAUAGACGCAAACAUUUCUGCAAUCUUUGUGGGAAAGGAUUUUAUCAGCGUUGUCACUUACGGGAACAUUACACUGUUCACACCAAGGAAAAACAAUUUGUUUGUCAGACAUGUGGGAAGCAGUUUUUAAGAGAACGCCAGCUGCGGCUCCACAAUGAUAUGCACAAAGGCAUGGCCAGUGAAAUAGGGACGUCUAAGCUGAAGAACUGAAAGCUCCAAAUUUGAAGAGGACAUGGGGGAGAAGCAGUCUGCAAAAGACUACUUUAAGCUCAGAACCACCUUUGCCAGACCUGAACUGGCACCAACUUUGCCUUCCUGACAGACCACACCAGUUGGUAAUGGCACCCACAACAGAGUCAAAUAAGAGUUCUCAGUAAAAACCUUUUGGACUUGUCUCCAAAUUAUAUUAUAAUUUACUCCAAAUUAUAUUAUGAUUUACUGGUGACUAUCCUUACAUCUAUGGAAAAUAAACUGAACUCUCAUCUCCCAGGGCAGAUAACCAAAAGAGCUGCAUGCUAGGUGUUGAGGGUUACACUGAAAUCUGCUAGCAGAUCCUGCAAAUCACUUGCUGCAAUCCUUUUGUAAAAUGAACAUUGAUAAGGUUGCCAUCAAAACUUUUAGACUUUUUAAAACAAUACAAAUUAACAAGAUGUAAUUUUAAUAUAUUCAGGGCAAUUACAAUAAUAAAUCAAGAGUUAAAACAACAUCCACAUUUGUUCUAGUCUGGAGAAUAAGAUGCAAAACCCCAAAAACCUAUCUGGGGUCAUGUGAAAGGAUACAACCGGAAAUGAGGCUUCUAAUCAAGAGAGGAAAACUUUAAUUUUCCUGUUGCUUCCCUACUGCCAUCACCAAUUGCUGAUCGUGCUAUUGAAGACCUGUGAAGCACUACCUUUAAGUGGGGGUAAGGAGAUAGUGUUGGAAUCCUACAAGAAGACUGGUGAAUUAAUGUGACAGACUGAUUGGCCAUAACAUGCGUGAAUGUGAAAUAAUCUUCAAAGGGAACAGUAUGCACUUUGUUCUGAAUGUGAGACUUGCAAGGCAAACCUAAAGGAGAGAAGGAGGCAUUCAUUUUGUGACCCAAGCAUCUCAGCACUCCUAAUAUUUCCAGCUAAAUUAAUGAGCUUAGAGCAUAACAGGGCAUUCAGUGUUUAGCAUUCAGGGUUUGGACAGAUUAGAAAAACCAUCAAGCUUCCCCACUACAGACCAAAAUGGAUCAAAUUCAGACAUGUCAAUAGAAUAAAAUUUUGAUUUAGCAUUAUCUACUACUACAGCACUGCAUCUCACUGAUUCUGUUAUGGCUGUAAAAAGAUAUGGUUUUUUUUAGAAAUAAUUGUUAUAUAGAGGUGUUUGUGUAUACUUUUACUUAUUACUUGCAUUUGCUUACUUCUUUGGCAUGCUUAGCCUAUUGUCUGUACUGCUGCUUGUGUGGACCAUGUGCCUUUCUCCUAGUUCUAUAAAUUAGCUACAGUAUGCAAAUGAUAGAGAAAAUAUUACGUGUCGGUGGGUUGGGAUGCUUUAUUUGAUUGCAUACCCUUAACCAUUUUAGCAGGCAGAAGUGUAAAGGGAGAUCAAGAACAUGUUACUGCACCUUUAAAGGUUGAGUACAAUGCUGGGAAUGUUCACCAGUCUGGCCUUCUGGCUAUUUUAAAACAAUAGAAAAAAAAGUGAUUCAUCUGUGAACAUGAAAAGAGGAGAGAGAACUAACCCACUGGUGAGUUCCUAAGGGAGAAGACACAACAUAGUAAGGCAUUGACAGGAAAUGGAGCUGAUCUUCCAGAGAAUGGGAAACCUGUGGCACUCUCAAGACUUGCAACUCUUACAAAGCAAGAAAAGAGAAAUGGGCACAAUAUUAACAGACAGCAGCCUGCUCUGGGCCUCCCCAAAAUAUUUAUGCAAAGGGAGCCUGGAGCAGGCUGUGACUGCUGUAACAUAGCAAUUAUUUGUAGUCUCUGUAAAAUAACAUCAAGGGACAUCCCAGGUUUUAAAGAUAUUACUUUA